CAGAACAAAAAUCGUGGGUCUUGGAAAAAAAAUCAUAAAUCAACAAAUAACGAAAGCGAAAGGAUGGCAAGUGACGUCGAAAUGUGUAAAUUAACCGACUUACGAGUCGUAGAUCUCAAGAAUGAACUUGAGAAGCGCAGUUUGCCCACGACUGGCGUGAAAUCCGUGUUAUCUGAACGUCUGCAAAAGGCUCUCGAGGAAGACGGGCACGAUCCCAUGGAAUAUCUCUUCGAGGUAACGAAAGGCACGCCCGUGAAGAAAUCCAGCCAACAAUCGACGGGCAACGAGAGCGAUGUUUCCGUCGAGAAAAUGGAGACAGAUUUGCCUCCGCAGGAACCUGUCGUCGUGCCUGUGACGCAAGAAGAAACCAAAAAGGAGGAAAAAACGGAGAAAAAAGAAGAAACUUUUGUGAAACCCGUUGAACCAGCAACUGUUGCUGCCACGGAAAAUAAUAAAAAUGACAAGGAAGAAGAGGAUUCCUUGAAUUUGACUAUCGGAGAGGAGGAUGAGAAACUCUUUAAUGACGAUAUGGGCGACAAAUCCAAUGAAAAAGAAACUGUCGAAGCAAAUGCUGCUUCUGAGAACAAAGAAAAUUCCCAAAAGGAGGAAAACCAAGGAAAAGAAUCUGAAACUGCAGAUGGCGAAAAAGCCUCUGACGAAAAGAAGGAAGGAGAAAAUGGCGACACUGACAAGGACAACAAAGACGCAUCAAAGACAUCGUCAUCUUCCGCCACAAAGUCAUCAUCGAGCAGCGCAGCAUCGAAAUCCUCAUCGCACGGUCGCAAUUUGUGGGUUUCCGGGCUCUCGCAGCAAACACGUGCGACAGAUCUGAAGCAACUUUUCACGAAAUACGGCAAAGUUGUUGGCGCCAAAGUCGUUACCAACACCCGAACGCCCGGAACUCGCUGCUAUGGCUACGUCACAAUGUCCUCGGCGAAAGAUGCAACGGAAUGCAUCGAACAUUUGCAUCGCACCGAGUUGCAUGGGCGCAUGAUUUCCGUCGAAAGAGCAAAAUCCGAUCUUGGGCCGCCGAAAAAUUCAUCAUCAUCGUCUUCGGGCAAGGAAGAAAAAUCAAGUUCGAAGGAUUCGAAGCACGAAAGUAAGUCGUCGUCGAAAGACAGCAAGGAUCGUCGUUCGGAUCGUCGUGACUCAUCGGGCAAAAGUCGAAGCGAUCGCGACAAAAAAUCAUCCGACAAGUCGAAGAGCAGCAGCAGCAAAGAUGACAAGAAAAAGGAGGAAAAAUCCGACGAAAAGGCAUCAGAUGAGGCGAAAAAAACCGAAGAAUCCGGCGAAAAGGCGGAAAAUGGCGAAAAACCUGCGGAAAAGUCGUCCGACGAGAACAAAGAUGGCAACAAAACUGACGGCGACACAAAAUCUGUCAAGUCAUCGAGAGACGGAGGUCGUUCCGUAAGUCGUAAAAAGGACGAUAAAGAUGAUCGACGCAGCACAACGUCACGCGAUCGUAAUCGCAGACCACGUUCGAGACCCCGCGAUGUUUUAUCUUUCCAGAAAAUCCGCGAGGAACGAGAACGUCAACGCUUGCGGGAGAAGGAACGAGAAUUGCGCGAAGAGGAACGUCGUCGCAGGGAAAUUGCACGCCGUCAACGUGACGAGGAGCAUCGUUUGGCACGCGAACGCGAAAAAUUGGCACUCGAGAGGGCACGCAUCGAGAAGGAAAAGGCCGAAUUGCUGCGUCUCGAACGAGAACGGCAAAAGCUGGAACGCGAGAAGAUCGAACUGGAACGCCUGGAGCUCAAGAGGCAACAAAGAAAGAUCGAAGAAGCAAAGAGGGCAAUUAAGCGCCCGUCUGACGAUCGUUAUGACGAAAUUGAUCGAAAGCGGUCGACGACAGAUCGGCGAUUUGAGGCGCCGCCUCCCCCGAGAUUUGAUAGCGCAAUAACGCGUCCCAGUGAUUCGUAUCGCAGCGGAAAUACGACAAGUUCAGUCGUGAAACGAGAUGAUUACAAGAGAGAUUCGUACAAACGCGAUAUGGAUGUUUCGCGGCAUUCGAGCGGUUCAUAUGAUCGCAACGCAGCGGUUGCCCCAAUUGUUUCCAGCAAAGAUUCCCGUUACGACAACCGUUCCUCGGAUUAUCGCACGUCAAGCAGUUCAUCGUCACGCGGAAUUGUCGACGACAGAAACGCCUCGAGCAAAUCGCGUUACAUGGAAGCAAGUUACUCGGAUCGUUCCUCCGGCUCUAACGUUUGGUCCGGACAACAAACGUCAUUUGGUUCAAUGGCAUCUGCUGUUGGGGGUAUGCCCGAUAAUCGAGGAUGGGGCGCCGUUGACAAUGGGCAAGAUCGUUACGAUCGAACGUACAACGAGCGCAAGAUGCAAAGUCAGUCGAGUGGUUUCAUGGAUCAGUCGAGACCGCAAUCGUUCAUGCCGAGCAGCGGAGGCGUCAGACCCGGAGAUAGAUAUGGAGGAAUGAAUGGAGGAAGAUUCUAAAUGAGGAGAAUGAGCUCGAACAAAGAACAAAAAAAAAAUCGGAAAUGAAGCAUUUUUUUGUAUGACAUUGUCAUAAAAUUUAUGUAUUUGUUUUAUUUCUCUCGUAGAUUUUAGGAUGCUAACUAAUGAUAAAAAACAAAAUAAUUCAAUAAAAACGUAAAAUUAA